CUUGCCUGCGUCUGCUCUGUUCUUGCUUCUGAAAGUUUGGAAAAGCUCUGAUUGCCUGCUCUUGCUUUCGCAUAUCCUCGUCCUGUUGCUCCGCAAAAAGCUCUCCUAGCGCGCAGUACUUCAGCUUCACUUUCCACAUGCCCAACCACCUGCAUGAGCGUCACCCCUCACCGACGACGUACAACCCCGCCUUCCGCUCCGUCGAAGGGCUCGCUACUGCGCUGUAUAACCGCGCCCGCAUCUUGAGCCUCCUGGGCAGCAUCGGCGUUCUCUAUGAGCUCCUCGAGAACGACCGCAUCAAAACUAGUUUGAGCUCCCCCUCUUCCUCUUCCUUAUCCUUAUCCUCCUCUUCCGGCUCCUCUUCAUGCUCUUCCUCCUCUUUCACAGGCGGCAACCUCUCACGCCCCGGCCGGUCCACCAGCGUCAGCGUCAGCAUCGGCACCGACCCCAGGAACUCCCCGAUCGCGAAGCUCUCACUCGAGGCGCUCCGCAAGGUGUUUGUGUUCUGCCUCCCGGACGCGCGCUACCGCGAGCCGCACGUGCGCCGUGCGCCGCUGCUGCUCGUGCGCGUGUGCAGCCUGUGGCGCGAGGCGGCGCGGGGGACGCCGGAGUUGUGGUGCUCGCUGCACAUUCGCGCGCCGUCGCCGUUGUCGUCGAACCACAACCACAGCAGCAACCAUAGUCAUAAUAGCAACAGUGCCAGUGCCUCCGAUGUCUCGGCGCGCGACCAGGACGACGCGUCGGAGCUGCUCUACCACGCGUGGCUCGAGCGCGCGUGCGGGCUCCCGCUCGCGAUCGCGGUUGACGCGCGCUGCCGCUGCCGCUGCCCCUCGUCUUGCGGGGCGGACUGCCAGGUCCGGUGGGACGCGCAGGUGUGCGGGCUGAUGGCCGUGUUCGCGCCGCGCUGUGCGGAUUUGUAUGUUGUCUACAGGCACGGGACGCGCCGGGCGGGCAAUGCGGCGCUCGCGGCGCUGCUGGGGCAUGCGCAGCGGGCUGAGGUGCUUAGGCUGGACCUUGAGGACCUGAAGGGUCUGGAGGAAGUGGAGGUGUCCGGCGGGUGCGAGACGGCGCUCCCGCCGCGGCUUGAGCUGCGGUGCGCCGUCGCGCAGGUCGGGUGUCUCCGGACGCUGGGGUGGCGGUGGGAGGCGCUGAGGGAGCUGAGGUAUGAGCCGCAGAGCCGGCAUGCGUGCGAGGAGACGGCGCUCGUGCGGCUGCUGGGUAUGUGUCCGAACCUGGUGCAUCUCACGUUUGACAAGCUCGAUCUCGAGCUUGGCAUGCCGCUUAGUAGGGCUGGCGUCGACGCCACCGUUGCUGGUCGGCCCAGGACAUUCACGCUGACGCCUUAUCCAUCCUCUAAUUUAUUGGCGACAUCGUCCUCGUCCUCGUCCUUAUCGUCGCCCUCGUCUUCCUCGCCCUCGUUAGCAUCGUCUUCAUCGUCCUCAUUGCCUUCGUCCCCGUCCUCGUCCUCAUCACCACCGUCCUCAUCCUCAUCCUUGCCAUCGUCUUCGAUAUCGCGCUCGUCCUCGUUCUCAUCCCUGCCAUCUGCCUCAUCAUUACCCUCGUCCUUGUCGUCGCCUUGCUCGCCUCAACGCUCACCCGUAGAAGCGGCACUCGUGCACACCAGCUUACGCUCGCUGCACGUGAACGUGCACGGUUUCGUCAGGAUCGCAGUGGGCCUCAUGCACCCGGCCCUCGGCGUCGCCCUGCCGCAUCUGCGCCUGCUCACGGUGACGGUGCACGAGCCGAGCAGGGGCGCGCUCGCACCCAAGGACGUGCGCCGCGCCCUGCGCACGUUCGCGGAGUUCCUGCGGAGGUCGGGGUGCAGGCACGCUCAGGUGGAGAUUGUGUUCACCGUGCGCAUUGCGCGCAUGAUGCGCGAGCCGUGCGAGGGCGCGACGAGCGAGGCGUACCGCGUGGAGGUCUCUGAGGACGCGGUGCCGCGCGGCUUCACUGUGACGCGUAUGAGGCUGGAGGAGCUGUCGGAGGAGAGCCGGCGCUUGAUCAGGUUUAACUCGCGCCCGAUGACCAAGGUGCGCGAGUAUGAUGUCUGCGUAGAGUUCAAGAGGCAGGCGCGGAACGACCGAGCGGUCUCGACGUCUGAGCUGAGCGUGGACCGGCUUGGCGGGCUUGUUAUGGUGCCGAUGGUCAAGGGCAAGUAA